AUGGUUCUGGUGCCGCCGCGCCAGCAAGCAACCAUGGCUGCCACACGAGCCAUGGCUUCUUUCUACUUUUCCUUGAAGAAACAGCUGCAAAGAAAAAAACAAAUUAAGGGCCAAAUCAACAAAAUUGCCAUUACAAUUUCUGUCUGUAGCAUUUUCUCGCGUGCAGCUGACGUUGAGCUGGACGAAGUGUCUUUCAGGUCCGUGGGACGUCCUGGAGGCAUAGUCUGGCUGCGUUACUUGGCAGUGGCACGGCGAGGCUCCAGCAAAGUGUGGCUGCAACGUCUUCCUUACCGUGUCACGCAGGCUGGUCAAGGCGGAGGAGGACCUCUGUCUGUGGCUGAAAUGACAGAGACCUUGUUGCUGGAUUCGGACAAACCCGUUCUGGCAAAAGGCUCUGUUUGCCAUACCGAUGGUGCGAAAGCGAGCCCAACUCGGAGGAUUCUCCUGGCUGACAUCGGAGCGCAGUUUGCUGACACCCUGGCCGCGAUCUCUUGGAUCUCCGUCGAAACCAAGAAGACGGCCGUCGCUGCUAUGAAGAGUUUCUGGCCAGGCCACGAUGUGACCGCCAACCGGCUGACCAAUCUUCCAUGGCCUGGUUCAGAGCGCUUUGGAAAAGCGCGGUGGGCAGCUGGCAGGCAAGGGGGCUUGACCGACUGGCUCGUCAUGUGCGGCAACAGCGCAGGGGUUGUCUUAAGGGGCCAGGAGAGGAAGAACAUCGCAGGUCACGUGGCAGUGAAGUCAAGUGGAGACGUCCACCUGUUCAUCAACGAGGGAGUCAUCGUUUGGAACCGGGCGCCCUCAGAAGCCGAGAUGUGGACCAGCAUGGAGUACCUGAACUGGAAGCUUGGUUUCGAGUAA